GAUACCGAUAAAACCAAACCGGUCUACCAUUUUGCCUGGUUCAGCUGCAGAUAUAAGACCGAACCGGGAUAAGGUGAAACACUAUGAACCAGAACGAUGUAUGCUCUUCGUCUUCUUCAACCUCUUUGCUCUUCUUUUUCGUCUUCUUCUUCUUCUUCUUCUUCUUCUGCAAACCCAAAACCUAAACCUCUGUAUCUCAAGUUCCACACCUCUCACCGGGAAAAUCUCCGGUACCUAUCGACCCUCGGAGUUAUUUCUCGAGAUCCCCAAAAUGCCCUUCCUCCGGAGGCACUUCCGGCGAUCCUCUCGACCGUGAACUUCCUCAGAUCCAAGGGCAUUUCCGACAAUGAAUUCUCGCGACUAGCGUUUCUCUGUCCCGAUCUCUUCUCCCCGACAUUCGAAACCUCCCGAAUCGAGCCCGUGUUCGAAUUCCUGAGCUCGGAGCUCGGAGCUUCCGCCGCCGAUUCCAGGGGCUUAAUCGUAAAUUUCCCGAACAUCCUCCUCUCCAAUGUGGAGUACUGUUUGAGACCAACAAUGUGUUACCUUCAGGAGCUAGGGUUGAAGAAUCUGAACAGACCCAGCAAGAUGAACGCGCAUGUCCUGAACACGAGGGUCGACAAGUUGAAGAUCAAGGUGAGGUUUUUAAGGAGCAUAGGGUUUGAUCGUGAAGAGGCAGCUAGGGUUUGCGCGAGGAUGCCGGCCAUUUUCGGGUACAAUGUGGAGGAUAACUUGCGACCCAAGUUUGAGUUUCUGGUUUACGACAUGGAGAGAGAAAUGGAGGAGCUGAAGAAGUUUCCGCAGUACUUCGGGUUUAGCUUGGAGAAGAGGAUAAAGCCAAGGCAUUGGCUUUUGAAGAAGAAGAAUGUUAGGGUUUCACUGAGCAGAAUGUUGAUGUGGAAUGAUCAGAAGUUCUACUCCAAAUGGAAGCCAUGAAAAGAGCUCAAGGUCACACAAGCUGAUGUCUGUAAUAUUCAAGAGAAGUGGAUUGGAGUACAAUCAAAACAAAUCUUGGAAUGUGAUUCAAGCAAGUAGUAUCUUAGAAGCAUAUUCAUAUAUUUC